AUGUGCAAACACACCUACCAUCACUAUCCCAGCUGCGGACACAUCUCCAACUGGAGCAUGACUAGCUGCCAAGAAUACACCAACAAGCUCCGCCUGACCGGUCCAGAGCGCAGCGUAUCCUGCACCCAGAUCAAACCUUCCCACGACCUCCUCCUCUCCACCCAGCCCAGCAUGUGCGUGCAGUGCGAGAGGGAGUGGGCCGAGAACCUCUCCUCUCACGGAGGCGACCAGACCCAGACCUCAAACUCCUACCGGAAAAUCGAGGGCCUGGGUGCUAUCGGCAAUGUCAUUGAAGUUAACGCGCGCAUGGUGAGUGAUUCCACUCCCAAUGACAGGGACACAAGCAGUACUGGCCACAGCGACAAUGGUCAGAUCUUCUUGAGUGCUGCCGUUGGCGAUUCGGGCAAUGGGGACGCAGACAGUGCUGGCCACAGCGACAAUGGUCAGAUCUGCCCGCGUGCUGUUGCCGAAUCGGAGUCGGAUUGCGGAGGCCUGGCGCGUUCCGAUAACUCGUCCCGGACGGUCUUUAACAUUGCUCGUACUAAUCCCAGUUCGCCAGAGAGAGCUGGAGAUCUUGGCUCGUUUGUUUCUACAAUUGUCAAGACCAGUCCGGCUCACCUCGCACACAGCGCCUGUGAGAGCGACUAUGCAAAGGGCAGUGUUGAGACUGAAUCGCCGGACGCGAAGGACGCUGGAUGUGCAUCUCCCAGCGAUGCAAGCAGCGACACAGGCAGUUCUGGCUCGUCGCUCUGCGGAUCUUCUUUGAUAAGGUAUAAUAUACUUAAGCUGAGAAUUGACGAAUAUCUUGAGAAGCGACAGCGUCAGCGGGAGGUGGGCACUGACCAUAAACAGCACGGCGCUGGAGCCUCCGGUGUGGAUGUGAACGCUUACCUUGCUAACGUAGAUGACUCCUAUGUUGCCCUGGAGGACAUGCUUCCUCCGGACACAGUUGAUAUCCCGAAAGCUGACCAUAACUCUUCCAACAAGCCCUCUAUUGACAUUGACCUUGUGCAGCAGCGUAUCGAAGCGACCGUCAUGAAGCGCAUUGAAGAAAACAAAGAAAAAGAAGCCCGACAGGAAGCCAUCUCCAAGCUCCUAGACACCGCACUUCUACAGAAGGAUCGCGACGACCGGCGCGAGCAGAACGCCGAGCAGGGCAUCGAAGAGGACCCCCAUCUCUGGGACACAGAGUCUAUUAACAGAAUGUGGCAAGCAAAGAAUUCCAUCACUGCAACCUCCGCUAACGCUAGCAUCCCCAUCUCCCCGCGCACAUGCCCAUCCCCCAAGAGCCAACCGGCCUCACCGAACCGCGACCCCGAGCCCAAGAAACACAUGUACAUGGGCAGCAUGUUCGCAGACGAAGAAUCCGCCUACCAACGAGGGUUGCGGGAGGUCCGGCCAUACGGCAAUUACUCAGGUGAGUCGGAAGGCUUCAUGAUGGCGGAGUCCGAAGACGACGCAAACCGCCAGGGCCUACUGGACCCAGUUCACGUGCGAGGAUGCUGCGCGGAGCGAAAAGCCGACUUCCACCUCUUCUAUGGAAUGAUGCAUGCACCGUCGGAGCUAGAUGCAGAAAAGCGUUGGCUAGAGGAUAUCCGUCGGAUCCCCGGUGAGGAGGGGAAGUUCUACGGGCUGUUGCGGGCGGAUGAUCUGCGCCAUGCCCGCGCCAUGGGACUUACGGAUAUCAAACAUCCAUGGGGGUGCUGCAAGGAUGGGCUUUUUACGAUGCCCGAGCGUGUACGUCACAAGUACACCGGGUUUAUGAGUGCGAUCUCCAUAGAGGAGGUUGGAUAUAUGGGUCUCUGUGAUGCGGAGCCUGUUCCUGGUGGAUGUGGUGAUUACUAUGGUGGGACGUAUUAUGGUUAUGUUGAGGCUUAUUGUGAGUUGGAUGCUUUUCAGAUGGGAUUGAAGGAGCCUGAACAUGAUGGGGAUUGCGUUGGUUGUGCGACGGCCGAGGUUAGCGUGUCGAUCUCUGACGCGGGGCAGUACACGUAUUACGGGUAUAUGUACGCGAGUUCUGAGGAAGAGGUUGUGAACAGGGGCCUGAAGGAUGUUCGGCGAUUCGAUACUAAGUAUUAUGGGAAGUUGCAAGCGGGUUCUGCGGAGGAGGCCAAGGCCAUGGGACUUUUUGAUCCUUUACGUGUUAUUAUGAACUGA